GCGGCCGGGGACGGCGGCUCAGGCUCUGCGGGCCGGCGGGGGCGCGGGCGCGGGCGCGGGCGCGGGCGCGGGCGGCGCCGCCAUGAACGCCGCGGUGGUGAAGCGGACGCAGGAGGCCCUGGGGAGGGUGAUCCGGAGGCCGCCGCUGACGGAGAAGCUGCUGAGCAAGCCGCCGUUCCGCUACCUGCACGACAUCAUCACGGAGGUGAUUAGGAUGACCGGUUUCAUGAAGGGUCUCUACACAGACGCCGAGCUGAAGUCCGAUAACGUUAAGGAUAAAGAUGCAAAAAUUAGCUUCCUUCAGAAGGCCAUAGACGUGGUGGUGAUGGUUUCAGGAGAGCCACUGUCCGCAAAACCAGCGCGGAUCGUGGCCGGGCACGAGCCUGAAAGAACAAACGAGCUGCUCCAGAGAAUUGGAAAAUGCUGUCUCAGCAAGCUCUCCAGCGACGAAGCGGUGAAGAGAGUGUUGGCUGGAGAGAAGGGGGACCUGAAGGGAAGGACCUCACUGACGUCAAAAGCUCAGGACUUGGACAAUAAGAAUGCACGAGAAGAAGAGCCCAGAGUUCAUAAAGAUAAAGAGGAUAAAAGGAACUCUGAAAUAAACGAGAGAAGUACAAGCAGAGAUCGAAAAGAGAAAGAAGAAGUGAAGGAAGAAAGCAAAGGAAGAGAGAAGGACAAGGAGAAGGAGAAGACGAAGGAGACCGACCGUGAUAGACAUAAAGAUCCUGAGCGAGACAAGCACCGAGAGGGGGAGAGAGAACGAGUCAGAAACCGGGCCAAGCAGGACAGAGACCGAGGCAACAGGGACCGUGACAAAGACCUGGACCGCGCAAGAGAGAAAAGGAACGAGGGAGGAAAGGAGAAAGAGAGGUGGAAAGACCGGGAGAGGGAGCGCGAGCAGGACAAGGCCCGGGACAGGGACAGGCGGAGGGUGAAGGACGGGGAGCACUCCAGAGACCCCGACAGGGAGAAGACCAGAGAGCACGACAAACCUGACAAAAAGUCCUCAAGCUCAGGGGAGGUGUCUAAAAAGCUGCCAGAUGGAUCUUUGAAAGAUUCCAAAGCUGAAACAGAGACUGAGAUUUCCACUAGAGCAUCCAGGUCGGUGACAACAAAACCAUCAAAACGGCGAUCCGAAAAUUCCAUGGAAGGAAGAAAGGAAGAUACUAUUUCAGCUAAAAUGUUAGAUCCCAUAGUGUCUGGAUUAAAUCAUGAAGCAGAUCAGGAAACUGCCACUUCAGAAAUCGGAACAAAAGAAGCUAAUACUAACUCAGCUAGUGUUUCAGAUGAUAAUUCAGCUAGUCUGUGGCGUGAGAACGUCGAGGCAGAACCAGCAGUGAAGCAGAAAGGUGGCUCCCCGAGUGAUGCAGAAGGAGAAGUGGGACCUUCUGGCCCAGAGAAGCCCGAGGUGUCUGAGAGUUCUGAGCUGCCGAGUGAGCUCCCGGCCAACAUCAGAAGAAUACCUCGGCCUGGGAGCGCGAGACCAGCACCUCCCCGGGUGAAGCACCAAGACAGUGUGGAGGCGCUGACACCAGACAGGACAGGGAGUGGUAAACUCGUUGCCAAUGUGAUUGUAGAUGCGCAGAACUCUGACAAUGAGGAAGACGGUCAGUUUGUGGUGGAGGCUGCCCCCCAGCUUCCUGAGAUGUCAGAACUGGAAAUGGUCCCUGUAGUAGACGUGGAGGCUGAGGAGAAGCACGGAGGACUUGUGAAAAAAAUUCUGGAGACCAAGAAAGAUUAUGAGAAGUUGCAGCGGGCGCCCAGACCUGGAGAGAAGGAGAAAUCGCUUGUCUUUGAGUCAGCGUGGAAGAAGGAGAAGGACAUCGUUUCCAAGGAGAUCGAGAAGUUACGUGUGUCCAUCCAGACCCUGUGCAAGAGCGCGCUCCCCCUGGGGAAGAUCAUGGACUACAUCCAGGAGGACGUGGACGCCAUGCAGAACGAGCUGCAGCUGUGGCACAGUGAGAACAAGCAGCACAGGGAGGCCCUGCAGCAGGAGCAGAGCAUCACGGAUUGUGCGGUGGAGCCCUUGAAGGCCGAGCUGGCCGAGCUGGAGCAGCUGAUCAAGGACCAGCAGGACAAGAUCUGUGCUGUCAAGGCCAACAUCCUGAAGAACGAAGAGAAGAUUCAGAAAAUGGUGUACAGUAUCAACCUGAGUUCGAGAAGGUGAAAGCUCACACGUUUCCAAAGCUGGAAGUCCUCCUCGGUCUGAAAAUAAAAAGGAAGAUAGAACGUCACUAUUCUCUAAGUUCAGUUUCCUAAGAAAAUGAAGUUCUCCGUGUCCUCCGUCCGAAGUGCAGAGCUUUGAAAGCGCAGGCACGUCUCUGUGUAGAGGGGCCGGGUUCUCUCCCCUUCCUCCAGCGGGAGCUUUGCCUGCCGUGCAGCGUGUUCUCUGCGUCUCGAGGCGGCCUGUCCUGCUCAGGUCUGUGCCAGAAUUCGCUAGCAGGCACGUGCAGGUGGCACGCAAGGGAUGCGACACCCUCGGUUUCAGGUUUUAGGUCUGGUGACGGGACCCUGAGGGGAGCAGAGUGAAGGAUGGCUCCCUUCUGAUGGGCACUUACAAACAGAAUGGGGCCUGAAUAUGAGUCUGCUCUAUUUUGAGUUCAUUUCCCCUCCGAAAGGGUUCAUUUCAGUCUGUAUCUUGAUAAGGUUCACCUGAGGCUUUUUUUUUUUAAAGCUCUUUGCAACUGUGUAUGUCUCUUUGUCAUUUUCUCAUUGGUCCCUACGGCCUCUUGCUUGUGUUUGCAGCCUUAAAGUUCAUAAAUUGAAGGAGAUUUCAGUAUGUCCUUCAGGGACAUUCGGCCCCAGGGUUUUCCCCAUGUGGGUAGCAGUGAGCUGCCCCAGGCCCGCGCUCGCCUUCCCCCAGUGGCCUGCGUGUCUUUCCUAAUCCUUCCCAUUAGAUGUGCAUUCCCGAGAGGUGGGCGGCUUGGGGCAAACAGCUGAAGGAAGACUUUGGGGGACGCACCAAUUUGCAACAUUUUUUUGAUGUUACUGUUUUUUUGGAAAUUGUUUUUUACAGCAAGGUUUUUUUUAGAACAUGGUUUAAGUUUUUCACUCACAUAUGAUACUGUAAAUACUUAAUGAAAGUCUUAAGUUUGUAUAUAAAGGAACCCAGUGUUUGGAGACAUACAGAUCAUAAGGUCUGGGUCCUGAUACUGUUAUUUCUAGAUAUUUAUGGUGUGAACCACGCCGUGCCAUUUAAAUGUUAGAAUUGCCUGAGAAAGUUCUGCUUCUUUAAGGCUUAGCACAAAUGUACAGGUUAGGUUUCCUUACUGUAAUUUCCAAAAGAAAUCCUUUUCUAAGGUGGUUAUAUGAUUCUUCCAAGCUGAGUAAGUUCAGGAUCAGAUUAUGAAGCUCUGCCAUUUUGACACAUUGGCCAUUUUGUCAUUUCUACCACUCAGCAUAAAAUUUUUGAUAGAUUGCACUAAACGCAUUAUUGGAGGUGGGAGGGGUGUCCAUUAACUAGCCCUCCAUGUACUUGUCUCUUUUCUUCUGAGUUGAAUGACUUAGCCACAACCCAAUGGACUGUUUUUGCUUCAAGGUGUAUUUGCUUUUUAUGAAUUUGUACAUACGAAUAGGAUUUUUGUGUUGCAAAAAAAAAAUUGCAUACAUUUUAUGUGAGUAAAAUUUUGUACGAAGUAGUUUAUUAAAUUGUAUCAUAAAAUUUAUUUUUAUUUUAUACAUAAAUCAUUAAAAACAAUCACAUAUUUUUUCUAUAAGUGUAUGGGUUGUGCAGUUCAGUUCACAGCUGGAGAAAACAUAAGCAUUUGGAUUUUUGUAUUUUCAAACGUGUAUAUUUUGUUUUCCUUGUGAAGAAAGUUCAGGGAAAUUUAUCUUUUCAUUCAUAUCGUGACAUUUAUCCAUCUUCUGUAUAAAGUGAAGUUUUAUAAGACAUAAGCAUUUGUCAGAAACUUCAAGAUCAUUCAUGAAGUUUUAGGCAGUCUCUCUGAUUAUUAUGGUAUCUUUAUCAGAUACACGAUGAGUCCUGAUGUUAUGUAUUACUUUGAGAAAAUACACAAGGGGGUUAUUAAACCUUUACCUCUACUUUGGCUUGGACAUUUCCAGGAAGUACUGAAGUCUCCCUGCAGGAAUUUUAAUUUAAAAGUUGAGCUGACAUUAAUUUAUAUUCAAAGAAAAUGUGUAAACCUUAGGGAAAAAAAAAUUCAGGACUAAAAUGUGAGCUUUCUGCUUUGAUAUUCAUGCUUAUUUUUCUUUUCAGUAAACAACUUAAACAAUGUUCAUGACCAAUCUGUGAUGAGAAAUGAUAUCACUCUGUGACACGGAGUGCGGUUAGGAUGUUGGGUGGUCCAGAGUCCCAUCCUGCGCCCCGACAGGCGCCCCCGAAGCAUGCUUGCGCUUCUUGGCUGAGCUGCACCGAGCUGACUGCAUCUGUCUGCUGUUGGUGUGUGGGGUCAGGGCGCGUGACUGGGAGCAAGGGCAGCAGGGCCUGGACCAGCCUGUGAGCAAACACAUGGAUGUCCGUGGUCACGGGGAUGACCGGUUGCUGGAGCUUCCACGAGAAUCGGCUUCAAAGGAGGCCUGUACAACAAGACCAUGCCCACUGCGAGGGAGGAUAUUCCACACAGACUCUGCGCCCAGCUCCAGAAUCUUCCACACACACCCAGGAUGCCUCCCGAGGAGCCAACCACAGCCUCGUGGGCAGGCUUCCGUGCGGUCCACCGUAGCAGAGGGUGGGAGUGAGAUGGGCAGUUGUGUGAGCUGCUGAGGCGGGGCAGAGGGCAGCGCCCCUGUCAGGACCAGAGGGGAAAUGCGUCCUGCCCUUGGGCUCUGAGUUGAACUGUCCCAUGAUGCACUUUAUUAAUAAACGUUUUCUAUUUUCCCAAAAGGUGUUCUGAUAGGUAUAGUUUUACCAGCCUUGCAGUAGGGCAGAAGUGAGGCCCAUACACGAGUCCCUGUUUUGCCUGUUUCAGGUGUUUUCAUAAAGGAAGAUUGGGAAGGACUUUUUUUUUCCCCCCCGGCUAGUAAAAAGAAAUUUAAAUGGUUUUUAAACUGUAACUUUUUUAAGUCCAUAUUUAGAGCUGAGUUCCAGAUUGAUGAUCGGCUUCUUAAACCAAGCAAGUGGGUCUUCCUGGUAAGAAAACGGGGUUCAAACAGUGAAGUCCAUAAACCACAAGGAGGCCGUGCACCAUUAGGCAGGGGGGGUCGGGGCUUUGUGAGCGGCCGUGGUCCCGACACCCGCUGCUCCUCCAGGGCCUGAGCCCCCAGCGCCGCCCGCCAGCCCGUCGGGAGGCCGCGGGACAGGAGGGCCUGCCGCCAGACCUUCGCAGCGCUUGUGCUGGUUCCCGUGGUGCUCUCAUGUCUCCCGUGCACGUCUCAGGACAAGCUUUGUGAUGCUGCCGUCACCACGACCUCGCACUUAAAUCCCAGAGCACUCAAGGUUCCCCAUCAAAACCUGCGUGAAAGCCAGUAUUUUAGUGGACGACACCAGCUGGUGUGUGCGGGGCUCGCGUCCUGGUGGACGCUCGUGUGCACACGUGCGGUGCUUACUGUCCCCGCCCAGGCUCUGGGGGCGCUGGCCCUCCCCCAGGGGGUGGUCACCGUCCUGAUCUGCUCAGACUUUCCUCGAGGCGAAAUUUUAGCAGCAUCCCUCUGCCACCCCCAGCCGGGUCCUGGUUUGGACAGCCGACGACGUGGCCCUCUUCCUCUCGGAAACCUGCCGUCGGGGUCAGCCAGGGCGCUCGGGUGUCCGGUGCCCACCGAGCGCCAGCGUGGGCAGCAGCUGGGCCCGCCGGUGACGUUAGUAAGCUGGGUCGGGGGAUGUGCUGUCGAGACCGUGGACAUCUGACGAGGCUUCUGCUUCCCUGGGGACAGACGUGGGGAUGCGUUUGCAUUCAGCACUGGUGGAAGGACCUUGGCGUAAAGGCCCCUGUCGCUGAACUGAUGUUGCCCUGAAGGGGGUUCCUGGCGGGCCUCUUCUCUCGGACGUCUUUACCGAUGAUUUGGAGGAAGCUGGGGGAAGUGGGUCUGUGUAAUUCACAACUGCAUGAACGAGUGCGCAGGCCCUGGGCACUGAAGAAUCGACUCAGGACAUGGGAACGUGAAACCGGGCCAGCCCUGAUUGGGUGAAAGAACAGGAAGAACCGUGAGGGCGGUUCCAGGCGGGUGACCAGGCGGCGCCGCACUUGGGAUGUCGU